AGGGCGGCGGUGCGGGGCCAUGAGCCGGGCGGAGGCCGAGCCCUGCUCCCGGGCGCUGGCCCAGGCCCGCGUCUACCUGGGGCAGCUGCGGAGCCGCGUCUCGCCGGCGGGACCGGAGGGCGGCGGGCGGCGGGACUACCUGGUGGAGGCGGCGCGGCAGCUGCGGCUGGCGCUGGAGCGGGACGUCAGCGAGGACUACGAGGAGGCCUUCAACCACUACCAGAACGGCGUGGACGUGCUGCUCCGCGGCGUGCAGGUUGACCCCAACAAGGAGCGUCGGGAGGCCGUGAAGCGGAAGAUCACACAGUACCUGAGGCGUGCGGAGGAGAUCUUCAACUGCCACCUCCAGCGGGCUGCGGGGGGUGGCAACCCCACUGCCACGGGUUACAGCAGCCUGCGCUUCCGGCCCAUCAGGACGCUGAGCUCGGCAGUGGAGAACCUGAGACGCUGCAAGGUUGUGGGAGUGAUCGAUAAGGUGCAGAUCGUCCAGGAUCCAGCUACUGGUGGGACCUUUAUACUUAAGAGCCUCCCCAAAUCCCAUGUUGAGACCCGUGAACGACAGACUAUCAUCCCUCAUGGGGUCCCCUUCAUGGUCAAGCUGCUGUGCUACUACGUGAGUGAAGACUCCAUCUUCCUCCACCUGGAGCACGUGCAGGGGGAGACACUGUGGUCUCACCUCCGCUCCAAGUACAGUGUCCAGCAGGGCUCUGCGGAUUCAAACACCGUCCAAGCCCUGAGGAACCAUGGCAGAGAGGAUGGCGUGGGAAGCUCCCAGGGCAGCAGCCAAGUCUCCAUCUUCUCUGCUCAGAUGGUCACCGACCUCCCAGGCUCAGGAAACACCAAAGCCUUGCCCCCUCGGGAUCAGUCCCCUGACACCACGGACCCUGGCUCGGGGAACCAUUGCCAGCUUCACCCCACUCCCGCCGGUGGCACGAGGGCUGCAUCUGGAGGGCAGGAUCUAAGCAUGACCCAGGCUAUGCCUGGCAUCGUGGACCAUGUUCCAGCAGCAUCAGCCAAAGACCCCAGCCACCUUACCAACCAGGGCCUCGUCAUCUAUCCCUGGGACGCUCUAACCAGCCGCACAGGCUGCAUCUCGGAGAGAGAAGCCUCUCAAGAAGACCCUGGGCCACGUGCCGGUGGAAGGCUUCCCCAGACACCCGUUCCCGUACCAAAGACUGUGGGACGAGGCCAGCUAGGGGCAGGGGAGACACCACCUCGGCAAGGGUCUGAGGUCCCCUGCGCUCGGCCUCUCCUGACCUCGGGUCAGAGGCAACUUCGUGCAGGAGUUGUCCCGUCCAGCUUUGGCAAGCCCCGUGGGCCUGACCCAGCGGCGCAGGGGGCAAACCUGCUCAGAGAGCAGCCACUCUCAGGACAGUGCCAGUUCCUGGCUUCCCGUGGACACAGCCAGAGAGCGUGGGCUGUGAAGGAGGAGCAGGUGCAGCUGUGGGCAGCAGAAAUCCUCCUGGCCUUAGAGGGACUUCACCAACAGGGUGUAUUGUGCCGGGACCUCAACCCCAGGAACCUGCUGCUUGAUACAGCCGGUCACGUCCGUCUCACCUUCUUUGGCCAGUGGACAGAGGUGGAGCCCCAGUGCUGCAGCCAGGCACGAGAAGAGCUGUACAGUGCCCCAGAAGUGGGGGGGAUCACGGAGCCCACCGAAGCAGCCGACUGCUGGAGCUUUGGUUCCCUCUUGUACGAGUUGCUGACAGGAGUGCCACUCUACCAAAACCACAAAACCCAAACCGCCCCCACACCCAGCCUCCCCAAAUCCCAUGUUGAGACCCGUGAACGACAGACUAUCAUCCCUCAUGGGGUCCCCUUCAUGGUCAAGCUGCUGUGCUACUACGUGAGUGAAGACUCCAUCUUCCUCCACCUGGAGCACGUGCAGGGGGAGACACUGUGGUCUCACCUCCGCUCCAAGUACAGUGUCCAGCAGGGCUCUGCGGAUUCAAACACCGUCCAAGCCCUGAGGAACCAUGGCAGAGAGGAUGGCGUGGGAAGCUCCCAGGGCAGCAGCCAAGUCUCCAUCUUCUCUGCUCAGAUGGUCACCGACCUCCCAGGCUCAGGAAACACCAAAGCCUUGCCCCCUCGGGAUCAGUCCCCUGACACCACGGACCCUGGCUCGGGGAACCAUUGCCAGCUUCACCCCACUCCCGCCGGUGGCACGAGGGCUGCAUCUGGAGGGCAGGAUCUAAGCAUGACCCAGGCUAUGCCUGGCAUCGUGGACCAUGUUCCAGCAGCAUCAGCCAAAGACCCCAGCCACCUUACCAACCAGGGCCUCGUCAUCUAUCCCUGGGACGCUCUAACCAGCCGCACAGGCUGCAUCUCGGAGAGAGAAGCCUCUCAAGAAGACCCUGGGCCACGUGCCGGUGGAAGGCUUCCCCAGACACCCGUUCCCGUACCAAAGACUGUGGGACGAGGCCAGCUAGGGGCAGGGGAGACACCACCUCGGCAAGGGUCUGAGGUCCCCUGCGCUCGGCCUCUCCUGACCUCGGGUCAGAGGCAACUUCGUGCAGGAGUUGUCCCGUCCAGCUUUGGCAAGCCCCGUGGGCCUGACCCAGCGGCGCAGGGGGCAAACCUGCUCAGAGAGCAGCCACUCUCAGGACAGUGCCAGUUCCUGGCUUCCCGUGGACACAGCCAGAGAGCGUGGGCUGUGAAGGAGGAGCAGGUGCAGCUGUGGGCAGCAGAAAUCCUCCUGGCCUUAGAGGGACUUCACCAACAGGGUGUAUUGUGCCGGGACCUCAACCCCAGGAACCUGCUGCUUGAUACAGCCGGUCACGUCCGUCUCACCUUCUUUGGCCAGUGGACAGAGGUGGAGCCCCAGUGCUGCAGCCAGGCACGAGAAGAGCUGUACAGUGCCCCAGAAGUGGGGGGGAUCACGGAGCCCACCGAAGCAGCCGACUGCUGGAGCUUUGGUUCCCUCUUGUACGAGUUGCUGACAGGAGUGCCACUCUACCAAAACCACCCUUCAGGGAUUCAACCUCACACCCAGCUGCAUCUGCCGGAGGGGCUCAGCCUGGCCGCCACGUCGCUGCUCACAGAGCUCCUGCAGUACAACCCAAAGCGGCGCUUGGGCUCUGGAGGAGGUGGCAUGGCGAAGCUGAAGUCCCACGCCUUCUUCAGCACUGUCCCCUGGAACAAGCUGGUGGGCUAGGCAGGCUGUCCUUGGAGGGGAGCUGGGCCCAGGGUCACUGCCCCAGGCACUUGUGACCCCCAGUGGCACUGGCAGCUCUGCCUGCUGGGGGAGGUUUGCCUCAAGGGCUGCCCCGGGGUGGGGUAGGCAUGAGGUUUUGCAGCCUUACAUGUUCUUCUGUCUCUGCUUGUGUUUGUUGGUGUCUCCAAGAGGAGGCUGCAGUCUGGGCUAGGCUGUCUUCUCCUCUAGGUCCUUCCUGGUGGAAAAGGGAUUCCAGGUGCCCACCCCUGGGGAGAGGCCAUGCUCCCCUUCUGGAGCUUCCCUUGCUCAGCUUAGCACCAUGCCCUGGGACUCCCUCCCUGUGGUUUUUAUCUCUGCUGCUACCACAGUGACCUCCCCCCAACCCUGGUAUUUUUUGUGGCUUCCAAGUGCAUCUCCUCCGGGCCCCGCUGGCUGGUGCCCGAGCCCGUCCCUGGUUGCAUGUGUGUGUGUGGGUAAUGUCUGCCGUGGGGUGAGACGGGAAGGAGCCCUCUGCUCCUCUUCCCCCUCCUGCCCCGUCCCCAGCCCUCUGAAAAGAAUAAACCACUCAUUAUCGCUUGCAGAAAUGUCCUUUUGUUUCUGAACUGGACCAGGGAGGCUUGGGCUGAGCCAAGGAGGGCCCCAAAUCUCUCUAAAACCUGUGUGAGAGCCCCAGGUUGGUGUUGCCUACCCUGCAACCAGAACCCAGAAGGUGGCACAGAGUGUUUGGCCAUCUCCCCUCGUGCCCUGCCUGCCUCAUGGCCCCUUGGCUCUGUGCAGCUGUGUGCCUGCAGCUCAGAGCUGGGAAAACGCACAGAGUGCCUGUGUUUCCCACCAGCCUUGACUGUUGUCAUCGUCACCUGCUCUGGCUCCAGCCUCCCAUGCCUGGGUGCUCCUUUCUGCUGGCAGGACAGCAGCCCCACUGCCCUCCUUGCUGUGUGUUCCUGGUAGGACAAACAGUGAGGGUUUAAAGGGAUGAACGCCGAGAACCAGCACUGCUGGAAGGAAGGUAAGAGCAAACACAAACCAGGAUGGAAGAAAAGGUGGGUGCUGUGCUCAUCUGUGCAUAGCAGUAACACCCUGCUCCUUGCUGACCCGGCCCUGGCUCUCGGGCAGCAGCAGGAGCACUUGUCCACCAGAGGGAAGCAGAGCCCGAAGAAACUCAUCUCCCACCCCAACAAAGGUAGAGGACACCUCAAAAGCUGUGCAGAAGCAAGAGGACUAACCAAGGAGCAGACCACUAAGCAGGUCAGAUGCCGGGAGCAGCAGAGCCCAUGGGUUUUCCCUCACUAGGGCAGCCUGAACUGGUUGAACUCUCCAACAGCAGCAGGCUCCCCCUUGGCCACCAGCCUCCUAGUCCUGUGCUACUGGACUGACUCUUAGGCCUGUGGCCAAAGCCACAGUACGGCUUCUUGCCACAAAGUGCCCUGGGCAUUUCCCAGGGGGGUCAAAAAGGAAGCUUCAUGCACAGCACCUGCACGACCCUGCUACAGCAAGCCCCGACAGGGCAGAUUAAACAAAGCAGUUUGCUCAGCUGCAUCGUUUUAAGAGCUUGACUAUACAUUCACUCUCAGGGUAGUUCAAAGGCCUCAUUUAUUGCAGCUCCAGACAGAACACACAGGCACUACCCCUCCCCAGGGUCAUGUACAAAGCCAAGGUGAGCCCUCUGAAUCCUAAACCCCCACAGCAGACUGGGCGCUAGCAGCAUUUUUCCAUCAGAACCUUCUCUUUCAUUCAAUUUACUUAUGCAAGAGCAGCUAGACUCUUUGCCCUCCCUUUCCAGCACAGG